CACUCAUCAUCUACAGAAAUCUACACUCCAGGACUGCCAAGAAACCUUCUGGCGAUCACCACUCGAUGAGUCAGAGUCUCAUGCAUCGCCGCGGGGUCGGCGCUAGCAUGAAUCGGUAGAAACCCUCUAAAUAGAGGACAUUGGACAGCGAGGUGUUGACAUUCCAAGUUGGCAAUAUUUCUUUCUCUCCUGGAUCAUCCGUAUUCACCUCUAGGUGUCAAAUCUCAAGGCAUCAUGUCAGGUUUCCUCAGUUUACCCUAUGAGUUGCGUGCAAUAAUCAUUGAGAAUGCCCUCAUCGCGCCAUACUCUCCCCCAGCCAAUCCCUGGACCGGCGCAGAUAAACGCCAACCUCUAAAAGACAUCAAAUAUCAAUCAUGGUCAUUCGGGCCCCAACACACCCUGUACGACACAUCUCUGCAGGAUCGUCUGGCGACCCCAUCUCAGUCGCUGUUACUGACAAAUCGCCAACUCCACGAGGAGACGAAAGCCAUCAUGCGACGACUCAAGCGACCCAAUUACCUUCUGGAUGUAAUGAUAGUCAACGAGUGGGACUUCUGGCCAACGUGGCUCUCUGUGCCGGUGCUGCGAACCCAUCUCGACGAGGUGAACGCCAACUUUCGCAUCUUCGGCCACUGUCUCAGCGGCGACAAGGUCCGGUGGAUCACAGGAGACGGCGGACAUGACGGCCCCGAGUGGUGCUUUUACGCCAUGCUGGAGCGGUUUCUCGUACACGGACCCCUGACAGAGCCCAGCAAGCCCAAGAAACAAACAGGGCGGAAGUUCUACAUCAAGACGCUCACCCUGAAUUUCGAAUCCGCUGCCGGCGACCAAUAUUACCUCGCCCCGUCGACCGUCAGGCGCAGGCUCUGGGCACAGUUCAAACACCUCGAUGAUCCCGAAGAAUGCCUAGAUCUAUCCCUGUAUGCGCCCCGACCGGAAUGGCCGGCAAAGAUUCUGUAUUCGGAAUUGGUAUCGCUUUUAAGGCUGAGCGAGUACAUACCGAGUUAUGGGCUCAUGUUCUUUGAACACAUCGGGAAGAUGAGGCUGCUGGUCGAGGGUCGCUUAUACCAGGAGUUUGAUAUAACAGCGAUAAUGGCGCCGAACACGUUUAACUCCACGAUGUCCAAUUUUAGUCGAACAGAGGGGAGGGAGGACUUCUGGCGGUGGAAGCUAGACACGUUGAGGAAACGCCAGGAGGCUGGGCUUCCGGUGAUAUGGUCGGAUGAUCCGGGGCUUGAUCGGUAUCUUUAGGAUUUGAAUAGGGUAAAUUGAGGCACUGACUUAAGACUCGGUGCAAAAAUGAGACAUGU